UAUCAACCUGUAAUCCGCAGUACACUAGGUCAUUAUAUUCGCCGCAUUUACUAACAAUAACUUCAUUAAAAACCUUUAAAGCAUUCAAAUUGAAGAUCGACCGGCUGUGAAACAAGUACGUUUUAACCAAAUUAUUUAAGCGCGAAUAACUAUAGCGACAAGGUUAUGCGGAACCAAGAUUUACCAGGUAGUCAAACAUUUAGCAUAAAAAAUAUAUUGUAAGAUUGUAAAAUGAAAGACAAUACUAAGAACAGAAGUUUAAGUUGCGAUAAUGAGUUUUACGUUGUAUAAGACACCCCUUUGAACCACUCGUUAGAAAAGUGAUUUAUAAAAAACAUCAGUAACAUUUUGCAUUACCUACGUUGUUUUGGAAAGCAUUAGAUACACAUUGAAUGCAAGGUAUUUCUCGUUCUCUAUAAGAUACUUCAUAAUGUGUGGCUUAUUUCGCACGGCAACUCUCGCGUUCUGUCUAAUUGGAGUAGUGGUCAGUGCUCCGACGAAGUCAUAUGUGGAAGACAUUCUAAAGAAAAUGAUACGGGAAGAAGAGGCUUCUCUUCCGCAGGAGCAGAAUGACAUCUCAAACUUCCGGAAUUCCGACUACCAACCUCUGCGGAAAGAGUUCGGAAACAAUGCAGUUAGGAAACGAAACGUUGCAUUCGAUAAACAGGAGGAAUCUUGUGAAGAUCUGGAGUGGUUCGUCUUUAUUGGCAACAUGCCAGCUUGUGUGGCCCCGCUGUGGCAGAUCGGCUACGACCCAACGUACUGUAAUAAAAUGAAAAACGGUUGGGUCUAUUGUGGAUGUGAUACUAACUUCACGCCUGGAAUGGCGGAGGGAAUUGAUACUUGUAUAGACAAAGCGGAGGCCAAUUCUAGUGGUCGGUGUCAUCUCCUGCCUUGUCCGAGCGAUUUCUCUUGCGAAGAAACGAUGCCGGGUGUUCGAUUUGACUGCGUGAAAGCAGACGUGGUCGUUCCUACAUGGUAUAACAGCCAAGACAAACAAACGAUGGAAUAGAACACCGAAGCUCAUCCUGACACAUUGAAAGUUUCUCUCCUUGUUCCGCUGUAAAUUUGUAUAUUUUGUGUUUAUUAAUUUGUGUCAAAUUGUCCAAAUUAUGUGUAAGGAUAA